AACACAUCAACAAGACCCCGAUACACAUACAGAAGUUAGAAACGUUUGAAACGCUUCCCAUAUUUGUUCUUUUAAGUUUUAGCCAGUUCUGAACAAGAAGACCGUGCACUUCGUGGUCUUCGUGUCCGCUCAAGUACUUCCUAGCAGUAAACCGUGACGAACAAGUCGUCAGCCAGCGAGAGAUAGCUGCUCUCGCUGUCAACGGAAUUCGGUGAGGUAUUCACUCGUCGUAAUUUCACUCUGUAUGACGUCAAGUCACAGGACAGGAGGAAUCGCAAUCAUGCCGAGUACAUACGCUGCUUGUGUUGUGCUGCUACUGGCACUGGUGUCGCUAAGCUCUGCGGCCUCGCCAGGCUUCCGAACCGAGCUCACCCAGAAAGGCCUAGAUUACAUUCGCUCUGUUGGCCUGCCGAUUCUCGAGCAGGAGAUCGGUCAGAUUACGAUUCCUGAUAUCAGCGGUGAUACGGAUGAUACCAGCUAUUCCCUAUCAUCCAUUCGCGUGACGUCAUUCAACAUUCCCACGUCAAGUGUGGCCAUUGUGCCUGGUACUGGUGUGACGGUGGCCGGGAGUGGUGCCACCAUGACUCUCCAUGGCAACUGGCACUAUCGCAUGGACUGGUGGCCACACGUCUCGGACUCGGGUACAUGCGAUGUCAGCAUCAGUGAUGUAUCCAUGUCAUUCACGCUUACUGUGGGUGCGGAUGCCAAAGGCCACGCAACAAUCAGCUGUGAUGCAUGCUCUGCCAACAUUGGACAUAUGGGUAUUGACUUUCAUGGUGGAGCUAGCUUCCUGUACAACCUGUUCUCCAGUGAGAUUGCAGGCUCCAUCAAGGGUAGCGUAGCGCCUCAGAUCUGCAGUGCUGGCAAGAGUGCCAUCAACACGCAAGGAAAUGCCGCCCUGGAGAGCCUGCCGAUCAUUGUUGCCAUUGACGACAACACCGAGAUUGACUAUGGUCUGAUAGCUCCGCCAGCCUAUGACAAUGUGAACUUCCUGGAGACUGUGCAUAAGGGAGAGUUCUACCUCACCAAGCAGCCGACAGAAGCACCGUACGUUCCCGCGGCCCUGCCAGCUGCCAGCCAAUUUGAUCGCAUGAUGUACAUCUGGCUGACGGCGUACAUGGCCGACACAGCCGGUUACGUUUACGAACAAUCAGGGAUUCUCCACUACACCAUCACACCAGCAAUGGUGCCAUCAAGCAUCCCCAUCAAACUAAACACGGAAAGUUUCAAAGACAUCGUACCAGCGCUGUACAAGGCUUUCCCUAACAUGCCCAUCAACCUGGCCGUCAACAACACAGCACCGAUGACAAUGAACAUAUCGGAGACUCUCAUCACGGGCCUGAUCCCUGGCACGGUUCAAGUUCUGGUGCAGCAACCGAACGGCACAGAGGCCGAAGCCUUUGUUCUGAGUGCGUUGAUCCACGCCAAUGCCACAGCGUGGACACACUCUAACAACAGCAAAGUCUACGUCAGCGCAAAGGCCGUCUACAUGUUUACUGAGUUAUCACUGGUGUCCACCAACAUUGGCCAGUUUAACGUUGCUCUGCUGGAUGUGGCGGUAAACGCACUCGCAGGCCUCGGCGUCAUUCCGUUUAUCAACUCCUACACUGUUCCGGGCAUUGAGAUACCGAUCGUGGACGGCGUCGCUCUGGUCAACCCAACCCUACAACUGGGCCAGGGUUACGCUGUAGUGGCCACGGACUUCAGCUACAAGCCGUCCUACAAGUUCAAGAACUGAUAAUGAAUCUGGCUAGGGAUUGUCCAGAUUUGCUCUUGCUGGACAAAUUAGCAAGUCAUUAUCCGCCCCGCAUCAGUGUGCGAGUGGAAGCGUCACUAGCAGUGCUAUCUCCUGAGCUAGCGAUAGCCCUGCUCAGUGCUGCCUUCUGGUCCCAUGCUGUGUCUCUUUAUGGCUUUUAUAGUUGUCACCUGGAAAUAUCACUGCUCUCCGGUAAUACGCCUAAGUGCCUGGACAUCCUUACUGGCAUCUGUCAACCCUAUUCCCAGACAUCAUAAUAACAGUCACUGUAUACUGUACUCGUUUGAACCAUGCUAACUUGUGAAAAUAAUUCUCACGUAGGUUUUGUAUUGCAGGUACGUGUAGGUGGGAUGAUGAUAUUGAUGACCUCUGGACGGCCAUUCAUCUGUUGAUCUACCGAUACGUGCCACUAUUCAAAGUAGAAUCUACUACAAAACAGUUUAAGUAAAAUAGUUACUGUUCUCCUUCAAUCUUCCUUCAGUGUUUGGUUCUGUGCUUUCAUUCCGCUGGCAUCUCUGUCUGUGUGGGCAUUCGAUAUGACUAACCCCUGGCUGGGUGUCACGUCCAUGGCAUUGGUGCUUUGUGACGACGACCUAUACUAUUAUUACGAUUGCGUCUUUCCCAAGCUGCUUCUAGCAUCUGGAAUACUAUUAGAUCUACCGGUACUUCUGUGACGGAGACUUGACCUCCAGCGUGGGUAAUGCAUGGGCGUUUAAAAACCAGGGAGCAUCAGCCACCGGUAUUGUUGCUUAGUUAUAGUUAUACUACUCUCUG